UCUAGGCCAAAGAAACGCCGUACCUGUUGGCGACAAGAAGCCGCCGAAACGGUUUACUAGAAGACUUCAUUAUCUCCACGGUUGAAGAGCGAUCAAUUGCAUAAUUUCUAUCGACUUGGAUGGUUGUAUGGCCGGGUUGCAUUGAGUUCGCUGCCUCGGACCUCGGAACCGACACGUAAGCGCUAUCUUCCCCUCACAGCAGCAGCAGGCCACACUACAGUGGGAAUCAGGCCCAGCAAUCGUGACUCGACUCAUGCCACAGGACUUGGUAUGAUCGGUACAUCAUGUCUGACGACGGCGGCCCUAAGAGUAAAGAUGCCGGGCAGUCUGGACAAGCAUCUAAGCGACUCCGCCAGAUUUCCUCGCAUCUGCCCCCCGAUUACUCGGAUGUGCUCUUUCAGAUCAACACUCUUCGCACGCUGGCUGCAACGCCAGAUCCUUCCCGUCGAGGGUAUAUCCGCCAGAAGCAAGCCGGGAAGCUGUGGGUGCGCGAGCGUCUUGAACAGCUUCUGGAUUGCAACAGUUUUCGAGAAAUUGGCUCACUCUCCGGUACAGUGACAUGGGAGAAAACGGGACCAAUGCGCGAGAAACCCGUUUCUUUUGUGCCGAGUAAUAACGUCCAGGGGAUGGGGAAACUGCAGGGUCGGCGAAUCCUUCUGACAGCGGAUGAUUUUACUCUCCGCAGCGGACAUGCCGAUGGCGCUUCGCAUGAGAAAACAAUAUAUCUAGAGAAGCUAGCACUGGCGUUGAAAUUGCCGGUAAUAAAACUGGUUGAUGGAAGCUCGGGUGGAGGCAGCGUUACUACCAUCCGCACGGCGGGCUGGAGCUAUCUGCCAUAUGUGUCGAUGUACAAACAUGUCGUCGAGCAAUUGAACCAGGGAAUCCCAAAUCUGGGGGCGGUUGUCGGGCCGGCUAUUGGGCUGGGAGCUGCGCGUGUCGUAUCCUGCCAUUUCUCCGUCAUGGCCGCAGACGUGGGAUCGCUCUUCAACGCAGGCCCGGAAGUGGUCAAAGGGGCCACUUUCGAGGAAGGGCUGGAUUUCCAGACUCUCGGCGGCCCAAUGAUCCACUGCACGAACGGGACUAUCGAUAAUCUUGCUGCCAACGAAGCCGAGUGCUACGAACAGCUGCGCACUGUGUUGAGCUACCUGCCUAAUUCUGGCCGGGAGGCACCUCCAGUAAUUGCCACGGACGACCCUGAAGAUCGAGAGGACGAGGCACUGCGCCAAGUCAUCCCCCGGCGACAGACACGCAUGUACAACCCGUGGAAGAUCAUCACCAGCGUCGUUGAUGAUGGCUCAUGGUUUGAGAUUGGUGCGCUCUGGGGUCACACUGCCAUCGGGGGUUUGGCGCGUAUGGGAGGGCGACCAGUGGGCGUAAUCUCACUCAACUGCGAGGUGAAUGGAGGAGCCCUGGAUGCGGCGGGGAGUCAGAAACUUGCCCGCCUAUUGAAGCUCUGUGAUGUGAUGAAUCUGCCUGUUUUGCAGUUCAUCGAUGUUCCGGGCUAUGCUAUUGGCACAGUUGCAGAACGCACCGCCACCAUGCGUUGGGGAGUGGAACUAGGCAAGACUUACUUCACUACCACGAUCCCAUUGUUCAACGUCAUUACACGACGAGCCUAUGGUGUGGCCGGAGGACUGAUGCUCGGUGCUCGUGAUCCGGUCAUGCAAGUGGCUUGGCCGUCAGGCCAAUGGGGCUCUCUGCCAUUGGAAGGUGGAAUCGAAGUCGCACAUCGCCACGAGCUGCGCGAGGCAGACAAGUCAGGGCUAAAAGAAGCCCGGUACAGCGAACUCGAGGAGGAGUAUCGGCGGUUGAUGAACCCAGUGCGGACAGCGAAUGCAUUUGGCGUCGAAGAAAUCAUCGACCCGAAAGAUACUAGGCGGGUCUGUUGCGCAUGGGCGCAGCAUGUGUACCAAACCAUAUUGCCGGAGAGGCUAGCCGAUCGCGCAGCAGGGAAAAUCCGGCCGGUUUUUGCAUAGGCUUGU